AUGAGAGAGGCUGAAAACUGGGCUAAGCGGUGUCAGUUUGCUCACAACAAAACACUUUGGGACCAGGGAGAAAACCUGGCCGUGGAAACUGUACGUUAUGGCAACCCUAUUGAGCGAUGGUACAAUGAAUACGCGGACUACCACUAUGGACCGAUUCCCGAGUACAGUCCAAAAAUGGUUCUACACUACACUCAGAUAAUGUGGGAAAACACAACUCACGUGGGGUGUUAUGUUAACAAAUGCAGUGCGGUGCUAGUGAAUAGCCGAUGGUGGCGAGACGUUUUCUUGACUGUGUGUCGUUACAUACCA